AUGGACGAAUCUCAAUUUACUGAUAACGCAUUACUGAUCAUCAAGCGGGCCACUGAAUUGGCUCAAGAGGCUUCCAAUUCCCAAGUGGUGCCAUUGCACUUUUUGGCAGCCAUGGUACCUACUGAUGAUGAAAACUCAACCCAAUACCUUAAGACAUUGAUUCAGAAAGGUCGCUACCUGUGGCCUGAUUUCGAGAGAAUUGUCAACAGGCACUUGGUGCGUUUACCCUCACAGACUCCUGCCCCGGAUGAAGUCAGACUAAGUUAUGCUGCUGGUCAAGUGAUGACCAAGGCGUCGAAGAUUAAAGCCCAACAGAAGGACAACUACAUUGCACAGGACCACAUUUUGUUGGCACUUUUGGAGGAUGACUCCAUCAAGGACAUUUUCAAGGAGGCCCAGAUCAAGGUGGACACCAUCAAGAACCAGGCAAUUGAGUUGAGAGGAAACCAGAGAAUCGACUCUAGACAGGCCGAUUCCUCCUCCAACUACGAAUUUUUGUCGAAAUAUUGCGAGGACUUGACGGAGAAGGCUAGAGAGGGUAAGAUUGACCCUGUCAUUGGUAGAGAAGAGGAGAUUAGAAGAGUCAUCAGAGUAUUGGCCAGAAGAACAAAGUCCAAUUCGGUUUUGAUCGGUGAGGCCGGUGUGGGUAAGACCUCCAUCGUUGAGGGUGUUGCCCAAAGAAUCAUUGAUGGUGAUGUGCCUAGCAUUUUGGCCAACUCCAGACUUUUUGCGUUGGAUUUAGGUGCGUUGACUGCUGGUGCAAAGUACAAAGGUGAGUUCGAAGAGAGAAUCAAAGGUGUCUUGAACGACAUCGAGAAGUCCAAAGAAAUGAUUAUUCUCUUCAUUGACGAGAUUCAUAUGUUGAUGGGAGACGGUAAAUCCGAUGCUGCCAACUUAUUGAAGCCUAUGUUGGCCAGAGGUGCUUUGCAUUGUAUUGGUGCUACCACUUUUGCCGAGUACCGUAAGUUCAUUGCUAAAGAUGGUGCCUUUGAAAGAAGAUUCCAGAAGAUCGAUGUUCCUGCCACCACUAUUCCAGAAACUGUGGCCGUGUUGAGAGGUUUGCAACCAAGAUACGAAAUUCACCACGGUGUACGUAUUUUGGACUCUGCUUUGGUUUCUGCUGCCCAAUUGGCCUCCAGAUAUUUGACAUACAGAAGUUUGCCUGAUUCCGCUGUGGAUUUGAUCGAUGAGACUGCUGCCACUGUGGCUGUCCAGAGAGACUCCAAGCCCGAGGAAUUGGACAGUUUGGAGAGACAGUUGAACUUGUUGGAGGUCGAAAUCAACGCUUUGGAAAGAGACAAGGAUGCCGACUCGGAGUCUGCUGAGCGUCUUGAGCAGGCUAAGAAGAGAAAGGCAGACUUAGAGGAGCGUUUGAAUCCAUUGAGAGAGAGAUUCCAGCAAGAACGUAAGGGCCAUGACGAGUUGAUCGCGCUCAAGAGAAAGCUCGAUGACUUGGAAAUCAAAGCCCAAGAUGCUGAAAGAAGACACGACAAUGCUGCUGCUGCAGACUUGAGAUACUUUGCUAUCCCCGACGUCAAAAAGCUGAUUGAGGAGAUGGAGGUGAGAGUUGCUGAGGAAGAUGCGACUAAUAACAUGUUGAAUAACGUUGUUGGACCAGACGCAGUUGCUGAGACAGCUGCCCGGUUGACAGGUAUCCCAGUGACGAAGUUGACGCAGGCCGAAAACUCGAAGUUGAUCAAUAUGGAAAAAGUGUUGUCUUCUGAGGUUGUUGGACAGCCGGAGGCAGUCAAAGCCGUUGCUAACGCAGUCAGAUUGACUAGAUCUGGUCUUGCUAACCCCAACCAACCAGCCUCAUUUUUGUUCCUUGGAUUGUCCGGUUCCGGUAAGACCGAGUUGGCCAAGAAAGUCGCUGGCUUCCUUUUUGCGGAUGAAAAGGCAAUGAUCAGAAUCGACUGUUCCGAGUUGGGUGACAAAUGGUCCGCAUCGAAGUUGCUUGGUGCCGCCCCAGGUUACGUGGGUUAUGAAGAAGGUGGAAUUCUUACGGAGGCAGUGUUGAGAAGACCAUACUCUGUUGUGUUAUUUGACGAGGUUGAGAAGGCUGCACCAGAGGUUUUGACCGUUUUGUUGCAGAUUCUUGAUGACGGUAGAGUGACAUCUUCGCAAGGUAAGGUGAUCAACUGCUCCAACUGUAUCUUCAUUAUGACAUCUAACUUGGGUGCUGAGUACAUCAAUGCAUCCAAGGGCUCAAAGGUGGAUAAUGAAACCAAGGAGCUCGUGAUGGAGGCUGUCAGACACCACUUCAGGCCUGAAUUCCUCAACCGUAUCUCGUCGAUGGUUGUGUUCAACAGAUUGUCCAGAAAGGCAAUUGCCAAGAUUGUUCGGAUCAGAAUUGCUGAAAUCCAGACAAGGUUUGCUGCCAACGGUAAGGCCAUCACUUUGGAUCUUGAUGAUUCGGCUUUGGAGUACUUGUGCACACAUGGUUACUCACCAGAUUUGGGAGCCAGACCAUUGAACCGUCUCAUCCAGAAAGAGAUCUUGAACAAAUUGGCAGUGUUGUUGUUGAAGGGCCAGAUCAAGGACAAGGAGACAGCUCGUGUUGUGUGCAAUGAUAAGGGUCUUGAGGUUUUGCCUAACCAUGAAGCCGAAGAUGAGGAUAUGGAGGAUGCAGACUGGGACGAGGACGACGAUGACAUCGAAGCUGAAGACGUUGACUAA